AUGUCCGCCCAGCUCCUUGUGACGGAGCUCAAUAACCUCAUUACUGAGAGCAAGCGUAAACACCAGGACCUUAGACAGGCCGCCGAGAAGUCGCUCGAGGAGCUCAAAGGCCUCCGUGUUACAGAGGCCCAGCUUGGCGCAGAACUAUCUCAAAGAGUCAAUUUCGCCAACCCCUUCAUAAUUGCAUGCGGGACAAAGAAUGCAAAAUUCACCAGCAUAGCAAUCGUGUGCCUGCAGCGGCUCAUCGUCUCCAAGGCUUUGCCUAGGUCUAAAUUGAGCCCUGUCCUCGAAGCCCUCCGUGAGGCGACCUCUGCCGGCCUCGAUGUUCAGCUCAAGAUCCUUCAGGCCCUCCCAUCUCUUCUCCAGAACUAUUCUAUCGAUAUUAAAAGUAACUUAUUGGUGACAGCGCUGAACAUCUGCUUUAUCCUGCAAUCUAGCAAGAAUGCCAUCGUCAACAACACGUCCGCUGCCACUCUCCAGCAGUUGAUUGUCUCCGUUUUCGAAAAGGUCGUUGCAGAGGAUAAGCUGCCUGACGCACCUUUCGCUGGGGAGGCACCCGCACAUGAUGGAAAAGUGCAGCUGAGAGCAGCCGCUCUCGAUGCUUACCGCAUCUUCAACGACCUCUGCCUUUUGACACAGGCCCAGCGGCCAGAGUACCUUCGGUUCUCUGGGCUUCAGCAGACAUUUGGCCUGGAGCUGAUAGAAUCAGCACUGACCAACCAUGCGGGCAUAUUUGCGACCCAUCCUGAGCAGGUCCACAUCCUCCGGACCAAGGUCAUGCCUUUCAUCAUUAAGACCCUCUCCGGAAGACCACACUUCGCCUCCUCAGUUAGGCUGUUUCGCAUACUCUACACCUUGCUGCGCAGACACAUCGCCCUCUUGCCCAAGGAGAGUGGCGAGGCCCUGGAGAUCCUGACACAGAUCCUCGACCAAGACACGGCCUUGUGGAAGAGGUCAUUGUGCAUGGAGGUGUUUCGAGGCAUCUUUGCUGAGCCCGCUCUGAUCCGGAGGAUAUUCCGUACUUUCGAUGCCAAGGAGGGGGGGAAGACUAUCCUCAAGAAUCUGACCGCGACAUUCGUCCGCGUGAGCACGGAAAAGCCUGUCGUGAUCGGUCUCGCACACCAAUCAACUAUUCCUGUCGCCAAUCCAUACUCAACAUCGGCAGACCAGGCGGUCCUCGACGCUAGUGGAGUCAGUGUCUCCGUCAUUGCCGGUUCAGUAGGAGGAAAUGCACACGAUACUGGAAUCAGCACGCAGUGGAGCUCCAUGCGUGUCCCUUGUAUCGAUCAGCUUGACAAGACAGACCCGCCUCCCAUCCCCGAGUCUUACGUGUACAGCCUCACAUUAGCCUGUAUUACCUCCCUCUCUGAGGGACUGGCCAAAUUUGUGCUGCCUCUGACGGUUCCUGGCGAUCGAGGUCGAAGACGUGGGAGGCCAGGCUCAUCGGCUGAUGCAAGCGAGGAACGACCCGACACACCGUCUUCUCUGGAGAGAUCUGCAUCCUUCAAGAAGAAUCCAGUUCCUGUCAACCCCCUCACCCUUAAAGAACAUCCUCUGUUUCCCGAAAUCGAGACAUGUGCGGCCAUUAUCGAUGAAUGCUGGCCCGCCAUUCUUGCUACGUGUUCGACCUUUCUUUACGCUGCUCUUGACUCCGAAUAUUACCAUGGUCUGGUGAGGGCGUUUCAGCGAUUUGCUCACGUCGCCGGGUUGCUGCAGCUAUCUACUCCCCGCGACGCAUUCCUAACGACGCUGGGCAAGGCUGCCGUGCCUGCAAAUGUCUUCACGGCUUGUCUAAAUGCUGGCCAACCACGACAGUCAUCAACUGUACAACCCUCCGAAUCGACGGGCAACAGCAUCCUCGGCAACGCUAGAGGUCUCUUGAGUGUCGAGAAUCUUGUCAGCCAGAGUAAUGCAGCAGAAAAGUCAAGGUCGCAGUCAUUUGAUGCCAGUUCGACGGCCCUCAAUACACGCAACCUCCUGUGCCUGCGAGCCCUACUGAACCUGGGCAUCGCACUCGGGCCAACACUUUCCGCCUCAUGGCAAAUUAUCCUGGAAACCCUACAGCAAGCAGACUUUGUCUUGUUCACGACGGGGAAGACUGCGGGCAGGACGCCAAUCGCGGCUAAAGGACCUGACCCGAAUGCCGACAAGGAGGCCAGCGCCCUGCUUGCCAAUUUCAGCACCGAGAUAAAGUCUGUGGAAACGGCAGCAUCCAGGCUCUUUGAGAGCACAAUUGACUUCCCUAAUGGUGCCUUCUUGGAAGUCGUCAAUGCGGUUUGCGGGCUGCUGGAAAAGCGAUCCAAACCGGACCAAAAUGCCACUGAGAGAGAUGGGCGACCAGAGACUAUUCCUGAAGAGAGCAGCUCUCAGCCGCAGUCUCCUACCUACAGGAGAAUGCCGGCUACUUUAUCAUCAUCUGGUCCCGUUCAGGCGGACCAGUUUGCAUUGGCUAAACUGGGUGACCUGGCGAGCAUCAAUCUUGAGCGACUUCUCGUCAAUCCACCCGACGUGUCUGGGUGGGAACCUUUGAUCUCAGAGCUAAACCUAGCCCUGAGCUCGGCAUACCCAUCGGCACCGGUGAGAACGAGAGCUGCAGACAUUCUCGUCAGGCUGAUACUUGAAGCCGCUAAUGCUACUGCAUCCUUGGCAGGCGACAUCCGUGGGCAGGUUCAGCUGCGACUCUUGGAGGCUUUCCGCGAUGCUUUGCUCCCAAUGCAGGCAGAGGACCGCGAGAGGUCUGUAGCGAGUCACUCCACCGACAUCGAAAUACAUCGUGUCGUCCUCGAGGGGCUGAAGAGUAUACUCGAGAAUUGUGGCGAGAGUCUUGUUAGUGGAUGGGAUCUUACCUUCGAAAUUAUCGACAGUAUCUUCGUCGACAAACUGCCAACCACAGGUGGCGCCGAGUCAAAGAGUACCCUGACGACUCGAUCAACUAAACUCAUCAAGGCGUCGUUCGGCUCGCUUCAGCUCAUAUGUUCGGACUUCUUAUCCUCACUACCUAACCUGUGUUUCCUUAAUCUUGUGGAUACCCUCUACAAAUUUUGCUCACAAGAUGAUGAUCUCAAUGUGGCUCUGACAACUGUCACGUUUUUCUGGGCAAUAUCGGAUUUCCUCUCUGAGAAGAGCAGUAAUUCAAUGUCUAUCACGGAGGAAAUGAUUGGUGGUGCUAGAGAUGAGGCACUUAUCGAACUGGCUUCUCACCCUGACCAAGAUGGCUCAAGUGCAGCCCUUUGGAUGCUGUUGCUUCUACGCCUUACUGCUGUUACAACAGAUCAGCGUUUAGAGCUGAGAAACAGUGCCAUUCACACCCUACUGCGCAUAAUUCAUGCGUAUGGCAACAACCUCGGACCACAAGCAUGGUCAAUCUCUGUUAAAUACGUCAUAUUCAAGCUGCUGUCGUCUAUCGAAGAUAGACUUCGAAUAGUUAGGGAUGAGGGUGUCGAGGGUGAUAUCAGAGCAGAGUGGAACGAAACUGCGGUUGUUGUUGUCCAGGGCGUCUCCAGCCUACUCGCGAGCUACCUGGACAUUCUGACGGCGUAUCCGGCUUUCACAGCGCUGUGGCAAGACCUCAUCGGUCACUUUGCGACUAUGUUGGAUUUUCAGGCCCUGGAUAUCAACAGCGCAACUUUUUCGAGUCUUGGAGGCAUCCUGUCAAAGUGCGAAGAAGGAGGCAAAUCGAGCUUUGACAAGAAGACUAUCGACCUUGUAUGGGACCUCUGGUCUCGGCGCAUACCAGUGGCAGGGCCAUCCGAGAAUGGGAAGCAUGAAGACAGCCAGAGGUGUCUGAUAUCCUGGGUGGAGGCCUUUCUUGAGCUCUACCGCCUCAUUCAGGCGGAGCUCUCGAUUGACAGGGUCAAGAGGCUGCUCGAAUUGCUCCACGAGGCCAUGCUCGAAGCCACGCCAGGGUCGUACGCGAGUGAUAUCGAGUACGCGACACCCUUACAAGGUCGUAUCCUAGAGGUUGUCAAACUUGUGCGGACGGACAUCUCCGGCGUGCCGUCUGCCAUAAUAUCCCAGGUCUCUGAGUUUGUCCUGCUUGCUUUUGAUCAGGAGCGAGGAGCCACUUCGCCAACCUCGAAGCGCACCUACAUUGCGAUGGCGAAGGAGAGCAUGGGCAUUCUGCAGUAUCAUGUGCUGUCUAACGCAACGGACGUCGAUAUCUACGUGAGCGGCGCUUUUUCGAAAGCGUUGACCGCGAUAGCAAAGCCUAUCGUUCUCAAAUAUGACUUCCCGGUCGUUACAAAGUCUGAGCAACUGUGGAAGGUAGCAACGACAUCUGUGCUGGCAGUGCUAGAGUCGACCCUUCCACAGGUCAAGGCUGCAAAGAUCUCACGAGCCACAGUGCAAGAGAUCUGGGAUGUGGUGAUGAGCAUCUCGAAUGGCAUCAUCACUGCCAAUUACGAGAACGCCUCGACAGGGACAAAUAUCGUGAGCGAUCAGGAGUUCGAUAUCGCAGCCUUCCGCUCUCUCAAAGAGCUCAUAAUUCCUUCCCUGGGCUCUGAGCUGAUACCCGACAAGACACGCAAAGGGUUCGCAGAAGGACUCUUCCGGACGUCUAUCAUCCAUACCCCAGCGCCGGCUGAAGCAGACAUCAUCUACGGUAAUGAUAGCGAAAGCAUUGAUGACCUGCACCAAGCUCUCGGCACACUAUGCAAGCCUCGGGGCGGCCGGACGAUUGACCCCCAACCUACCAAGAGGAAAGAGAUGAGCUAUGUGUGCUUAGAUGAGCUAUUUGACCUCGUCACGGCUCAUGAUGAGAAAGCCGCGGGACCCGACAUUAAAGAUACAGACCAAACAAACAGCACUGGAGAAACGACCCACGCACUACAUGUCCGCCUCGCGCUGACUGCAGCGCCCUACCUCGUCCUGCGAUGUGCUCUGACGCUGCGUGCCUACGUCGCAGACCAACCUUUACGCGGCCGUAUGCCGCAGCCGCUCUCUCAAAGGCGCGAGCUCGAGCGUGUGUUGAGGUGUCUGAUCAACCUACAUAGCGAGCCUGAGGCCAUCCCUGGCGUACGUGUUCAUAAUGGCGACAAGCCCAGCGCCAGGCACCUAUAUGGCCUAUACCCGUUGUUGGUGCGCGCGGUGAUGGUCAAUGUCAACAAUGGGGAUGAGAGGAUUGUUGGCUUGGUCGCGCAGGCCCUCAGCGUUGUGGGCAAAGAGCUGGGACUUGAUGCUGGUGUAGUGUAAAAAUAGUCAAAUCGAGAGUCAUGGUUAGCACCAGGCGUCAAUGUCACGCAAUAGAGUUAACGGUGUAUGCAAGGGAACACAUAGAACGGAUGUAUGAUACAACAGUAGAGCCAUAGAAUGGAUGGCACAAAAAUGAAGAACAAUGCUUGAG